AUGUCCACUCAACUUUUUCGUAAUACUUCUAAUUCUAUAGAAACUCCUUCACCAAUUUCACCUCCAUACUCACCUAGCUGCUGUUCCACCACUAGUACCAACAAUUUAAACAAUUUAAUUACUAAUAUCGCUGCUUCUGCUGCUACUCAUGUAACGAGACAUAACAAAGUUAUACGUAAUCAUCGUAAGAUUCCAUAUCCUGUUCCUCCUAGAAUACCAAGUUCGACACCGUCAUUUAUACUAAGAUCUACAGUAUACGAACUAUACACUUCAAAUUCACAAAAAUUAAUUGAAAGUAAUAUAUCAGGAAAGUUACCAGCACCACCACAAAUGGAUUUUGACACAUUAAUGAAAGCAAUCGAUCAAUUGAAGAUUGAUCAUAACAUUUUAGAUAACACCACAUCAAGAAUCAUAUGGAAGGGACAACCUUUACAAAUUUCCCACCUUCCAAAAUACGAUAUAUUGCAUCCAAAAGAGGCUGAAGUUGCCUCGAUCUUAAGGCUCACGCCAAUUCAAUACUUGACUGCCAAACACACAUUAGUUUCUGCAUCAAGGAAAUAUGCUGCAAGCUCAUUCGAAUUCAGAAAGAGUGAUGCUCAAAAGCUUUUGAGAAUUGAUGUGAAUAAAGCCACUACUGAAGAAGAUACAAAAGAAAAUUAUGAACAAGCUUACAAGCUUUACGGAAACGCGCUUGAAUACUUCAUGGCUGCUAUGAAAUAUGAGAAAAAUGACCAGAGAAAAGAUUCUAUAAGAAAAAAAUUUACUGAAUAUCUUGAUCGUGCGGAACAAUUAAAAACUUAUCUAAAUAAUAAAAAUGAAAAACAACAAAAAAAAGCAAUUGGUGCAAGUGGUCCGGCACGUGCUGGAAGUAGUAGUUCUGGCAGUGAUGACGACGAUGACCCAGAUAAUAAAAAAUUACGUUCAAUGGUGAGUGAAAAACCAAAUGUACAUUGGGACGAUGUUGCUGGUUUGGAUACUGCCAAAGAAGCAUUAAAAGAAGCUGUCAUAUUGCCAAUUAAAUUUCCUCAUUUAUUUACUGGCAAGAGAAAACCAUGGACUGGAAUUCUACUUUAUGGUCCACCUGGUACAGGUAAAUCAUAUCUCGCGAAAGCUGUCGCCACUGAGGCAGACUCUACCUUUUUUUCAGUCUCGUCCGCCGAUUUGGUUAGCAAAUGGAUGGGCGAAAGUGAAAAUAAACCUGCUAUCAUUUUUAUUGACGAGGUAGAUUCACUUUGUGGCAAACGUGGUGAGAGUGAAAGUGAAGCUAGCAGGAGAAUUAAAACUGAAUUCUUAGUUCAGAUGGAUGGUGUAGGCAGUAAUUCCGAUGGUGUUUUGGUGCUUGGUGCUACAAAUAUUCCAUGGCAAUUGGAUUCUGCAAUUAGAAGAAGAUUUGAGAGAAGAAUAUACAUACCAUUGCCUGAUGUUAUUGCACGAACAAGAAUGUUUGAAUUGAAUGUUGGUGCUGAUAUUGCGGUUGUGGUUCGAGAUGCUUUAAUGGAACCUGUACGCGCAGUUCAAACGGCCACGCAUUUCAGAUAUGUUACUGAUGUUACUGGUGACAAUGAACCCAAACGAAUGCUUAUUCCAUGUUCGCCAGGACAUCCAGAUGCUAAAGAAAUGACAUGGAUGGAUGUUAAAUCAGACGAACUGAAGGAACCUGAGUUAGUAGAAAAAGAUUUUAUAAAAGCUAUAAGAAAUACUAGACCCACCGUCAACAAUUCUGAUAUUGAACAAUAUUUAAAUUUCACAAAUGAUUUUGGUCAAGAAGGCUAA